AUGGCAAAACUUGAAGAGAUAUCGACAUGUACAGUUCGAGCUUCAGAAUUUGCAAUUGCAGGACCAACUCGGAUAGAGUUAACUCCAUGGGAUCUAUGGUUCCUUUUGUUCGAUUACAACCAAAAGGGUCUUCUUUUCCACAAACCAGAAACCCCAGAAAAAGAUUUACUCCAUCACCUUAAAACCUCACUUUCUCGUACCCUAGAUUUCUUUCCCCUUCUUGCUGGUCGCCUUGGUAUUGAGAAAUUUGACGACGAAACUCAGUGCUUUUUCAUUGAUUGCAAUAAUGCUGGAGCUCAAUUUACUCAUGCUAUUGUACAUGGCCUCACUGUGAAUGAUAUUCUCAAGCAAAAAUACGUGCCUGAAAUUGUCUAUUCCUUAUUCCCACUCAAUGGGAUUCUAAACUGCGAAGGAAUUGCCAACCCUUUGCUUGGGGUACAAGUAACUGAGCUUGACGAUGGGUAUUUCAUUAGUUGCACCGUGAAUCAUUGUGUAGUUGAUGGGAGUUCGUUUUGGCAUUUCUUCAAUUCUUGGUCUGAAAUCUCUCGGGGAUCUGAUCGUCCAUCAAAACUUCCCACGCUGGUACGUGGGUUUGCUCCUGAUCAUCUUAAUCGCCCUGUUAAAAUCCCUACACUCGAGAGAGAGGUAUUCAAUGAUUUCAGUCAGCCUCCAUUGAUUGAAAGAGUAUUUAAUUUUAGUAAAGAAAACAUUGCUACACUCAAAUCCAAGGCCAAUGAUGAAAUUGGAAAAACGUGCACCGGUGUAUCUUCUCUACAAGCACUUCUAGCUCAUGUAUGGAGAUCUAUGAUACGCUGUAGUAAUACGAAUGAUGCCAACAUAAAGACUACUUUCAAAUUAUAUGUGGGUACAAGAAAUCGACUAUGUCCGCCAUUGCCAGAAGGUUAUUUCGGGAAUGCUAUUCAGGGAGGUGCUGCAACUGCGAUGCCAAACGACUUACUGAGCAAUGGACUCGGUUGGGCUGCCCAGCAACUGAACCAGAUGAUAGCUGCUAAAACGCUUGAAGAAACCAAGAACUACUAUGAAAAUUGGCUAAAAUGCCCUCAAUUGCCGAUGAAGGGUGCAAGGACUAAUACGUUUGUCGUCGGCAGCUCGCCACGGUUCAACGUGUAUGGAAAUGACUUCGGAUGGGGAAAACCCGUGGCCGUAAGAGCUGGAUUGGCGAACAAAUUUGACGGAAAAUUGACGGCAUUUCCUGGUGUAGAAGAAGGGAGUGUAGACAUUGAGAUUCGACUCACCCCGGACGCAUUGCUAGCAAUGGAAAACGAUGCCGAAUUCAUGCAAGUUGUUACGGUGAACUAG